GGAGAUGAUUUGCUUUUGCUUUCACUUUGUACUCUCGGGCAGCUGACUCACUGAGAAUCUGUGUCCACACACACACACACACACACUCCAAAAUACACACAAACACAAAAAAAAAGUUGCUAAGAGGACAGAAAACUCCACUCUGAACCUUCUACAUGGCGUACAAAUACCCUGAAGCACGACGAGACGAGAGUAAGGUGAAUGACUAUAAUGGGGUGAAGAUCUCCGAUCCGUACUGGUGGCUGGAAGACCCUGACAGUGAAGAGACUAAGGCGUUUGUGGAGGAGCAGAAUAAACUGACCAUGCCGUUCCUGGAUCAGUGUGAGGUCCGAGAGAAGUUUCAUCAACGCCUCACUGAGUUGUACAACUUUCCCAAAUACAGCUGCCCCUAUAAGAGAGGAAAAAGGUAUUUCUACUUCCACAACGAGGGACUGCAGAAUCAGGACGUGCUGUACGUACAGGACUCUCUGAACAGUCCGGCGUCUGUCUUCUUCGAUCCAAACACACUGUCUGAGGACGGAACCGUGGCUCUUAAGAUGGGCCGUCUGUCGGAGGAGUGUGAGUAUUUUGCGUACGGUCUGAGCAGCGCCGGUUCCGACUGGGUGACGGUGAGGUUCAUGAAGGCUGAUGAUCUCACUCAGCUUCCUGACGUCCUGGAGAGGGUGAAGUUCAGCUGCCUGGCCUGGAGCCACGACGCCAAGGGCAUCUUCUACAACUGUUACCCCCUGCAGGACGGCAAGGCCGACGGCACGGAGACGACCUCUAACCUCAACCAGAAACUCUACUAUCACGUGAUCGGCACCAGCCAAUCAGAGGACGUGUUGGUGGCCGAGUUCCCGGAGAAUCCGAAAUGGCACAGCAGCGUCACUAUAUCAGAUGAUGGACGAUAUUCUGUGUUGUCCAUCACUGAAGGGUGUGAGCCUGUGAACCAGUUGUGGUACUGCGACUUACACCAGCUCCCUAACGGCAUCUCAGGUUUGUUGCCGUGGGUGAAGCUGGUGGACACGUUCGAGGCGCAGUACUCCUACGUGACCAACGAGGGCACCGUGUUCACCUUCCGCACUAACCUGGACGCACCGCGGUACCGCGUCAUCAACAUCGACCUGCAGGAGCCCCAGAGGGAGAAGUGGAGCACACUGGUCCCUCAACACGAGAAAGACGUCCUGGGGUUUGUGGAAUGUGUGAAUCAGAGCUUCCUGUUGGUGAAUACUGUGCAUGAUGUGAAGGACACGCUGCAGCUGCACGAGCUCUCGUCCGGACGCUGGAUCCGCGAGCUGCCGUUAGACGUGGGCACGGUGGUGGGACUCAGCUGUAAGAAGAAACACGCCGACUUCUUCUACAAGUUUACCUCCUUUACCACACCAGGAAUCAUCUACCACUAUGACCUGAGUAAACCAGACGCAGAGCCCACAGUGUUUAGACAGGUGGAAGUGAAGGGUGUGCAGUUCUCUGAUUAUCAAACCAGCCAGGUUUUCUAUCCCAGUAAAGAUGGCACGAAGAUCCCAAUGUUCCUGGUUCACGCUCGUGGUUUACAGAAGGACGGCUCACACCCUGUGUUUCUCUACGGAUACGGUGGCUUCGAGAACGCCAUCCAACCUUACUACAAUACAGCAAACCUGCUCUACGUCAGACACCUGGGUGGGAUUCUCGCCGUGGCCAACAUCCGUGGAGGAGGAGAAUACGGUCAGACGUGGCACAAAGCUGGAACUUUGGCCAAUAAGCAGAACUGUUUCGAUGACUUCCAGUGCGCGGCUGAGUUUCUGAUCCAGGAGGGCUUCACCAAGGCGAAACUCAUCACCAUCAACGGAGCCUCCAACGGGGGACUGCUCGUGGCUGCGUGUGUGAACCAGCGGCCGGAUCUGUUCGGCUGUGCCGUGGCCGAGGUCGGCGUCAUGGACAUGCUCAAGUUUCACAAGUUCACCAUCGGCCACGCCUGGACCACCGACUAUGGCUGUGCCGACGAACCUGAGCAGUUCAAAUGGCUCAUCAAGUACUCACCCCUCCACAACCUCCCACCUGCUGAUUCCGAGGGUCCUCCCUUUCCCGCCGUUCUGCUCCUGACGGCGGAUCACGACGACCGCGUGGUUCCUCUGCACACGCUGAAGUACGCGGCGACGCUGCAGCACGGUGUGGGCCGACGAGCCAAUCAGAAACAACCGCUCCUGCUCCGAGUGGACACGCGCAGCGGACACGGCGCAGGGAAACCCACGGCCAAGGCCAUCCUGGAGGACACACACAUCUUCUCCUUUAUCGCUCAGACCCUCGGCCUCCGCUGGAGAGAGUGAGAGAGUGUGUGAGUGUGUGUG